CAUAUUUGGAUGGAUCCACCCAUUCUAAAACAAGAGAGAAUUUGUACAUUAGUCGAUAGUUUUAACAUGUUUUUACAUGUUACAUGUUACAAGUGGCGGGUUGCUUACCUCACGCCUGCUCGCGAGCGCCUUCAGUAUUUCCUUUCGCUUUCAGCUUCCCUAUCAAAAAAAUAUUUCGGGGAAAUCCACCAUGAAAGACCAAGACCCAGUCCGUCUUGUCUGGGCGGUACAGGAAGUUUUCAGGUUUUGAGGACGACGGACGUGCUAUUGUGUCGGAGCUGCUAAAAGUCCAGGUCAUGGAUUUCCAGAAGCUGCUUCUCCAGGCAGAAAAAGGCCUAAAGGAGGAGGAUGUACAAGCGUUGGCGUUUCUUUGCCGUGAACUGCUCUCGUACCACUCAGCCUCAGUGAAUUCGGCCAAAGAACUUUUCACCAACCUGCAGCUCCAAGGCUACCUGUCAGCUGAGAAACCUCACCUGCUCACUGAGCUCCUCCUCCUCAUUCAACAACGCAGUCUUAUCCGCGACUUGAACCUCCAAUCAUCUCUGCCCACUAACCUCAUCUCUCCUUUCAGGAAGAUGUUAUACAACCUUUCAGUGGAUAUUGAAGCCAGGGAUUUGAGAAAUAUGAAAUUCUUGCUGUACCGAAGUCUUCCACGCAUGAAUCUGGACAAAAUGUCAACACUGGAGGUCUUCUUGGAAUUGGAGAAGAUGGACAAACUGAGCGCAAACAACCUGACGGAACUGGAAAACCUCAUUAAGACUGUCUGCCCAAUGUUGAAAGAAACAAUCAAAAAGUAUCAAGAAUCUCAAGUGAAUUACCUCUGCUCUGUACCUGAGGUGGCGGGUCCACCACUAGACCGGCCAUGGCCUGUUGAACAAAACCAGGGCUGUCAGUCUUUGGAUUCUUGCACUACUGCCUCGUGUGAGUUGACAGGACCACCGCUGUCGGCUGAGGUGUUGCGGUUCGACCCCAGGAUGCCGAGCUGGAGCGAACAUUGCAGGAAAAAGCUUAGCUUUAUUUUCAGAUCAAAGUCGUCCGUGAACUCCAACAACACUUCAAUAGACCAUGCAGGUGAGGAACGCGGUGAAGGCAACUAUGAGGACCUGCCAUGUAGACUGAGAGCACUGACGACUCAAGGAACAGGUAGUGAAGUUCAGCCCACAAGCGGCGAGACCACCUCUGUAAAGACUGACCCGCAAGCUUCACUAAACACAAGUGACGAGGGUGAUAUCGAAACAUAUUCCAUGGAUGCAGAAAAGCGUGGAUUCUGCCUCAUCAUCAACAACUACGACUUCACCAAUGGCCCAAAGUUCCUCAAGCAGCGGGAGGGGACCAAUAUUGAUGAAUCUUGUUUAGAGAAGGUGUUCCAGUGGCUGGGCUUUGAGGUUCUGAUAGAGCAUGACUGCAGCGCGGACAGGAUGCUAUCUCUCAUUCAGGGCCUGAGCAAAAUGGACCACAGUAAGAUGGACUGCCUGGUGUGCUGCGUCCUCAGCCACGGCCUGGAUAGAGCCGUGUACGGCGUGGAUGGAAGCACCGUCACACUUGAUGAGCUGAAGAAGCCCUUGAACGCGUCUCGGUGCAGUGCCUUAGCAGGAAAGCCCAAACUGUUUUUCAUCCAGGCAUGCCAGGGCACCGAGGAACAGACCCCCGUUUGUGUGCAGAAUGACGGCCCUAUAAACGGGGGCCUAAUGCGUGGUGCUAGAAAGAUGAAACAAUCCAUCCCGUCUGAUGCAGACUUCCUGCUGGCAUUGGCCUCUGUGCCGCUCUCUGUUUCUUUUAGAGAUAAGGAACGCGGCACUUGGUUUAUUCAGUCUUUGUGCCAAAACCUGAUCAAGAUGGUGCCCAGAAAAUGUGACCUUGUGUCUAUCCUGACCAAAGUGAAUGCCGACGUCAGCCAGAAGACGGACCAUACAGGCACCAAGAAGCAGAUGCCUCAACCAGCCUUCUCGCUCAGAAAGAAAGUCAUCUUUCCAGUUCCCCAGCAUGAUCCCCCUAAGCUGCCAAAUGUUUGACCUAUAC